GUCUACUUUUGGAGAAAAAAAUAACCCCCUCUUUCACCAGGCUGGCUAUGGGUCUGUAUAUUGCUUACAUUUUUCAACAUAUAGACAACACAUUAUUUGAAGACCGAGUGUUUGUGUAGGCCUACUCCAACUCAUCCUGGUGGUAGGCUAUAUAUUGGUAUAUUUGGCUGUAUGGGUGUUCAGUUGUUAACAUUACCUCUUUUUGUGUAGGCUACUUACAUGGGAAAAGUGUAUCUUUUUUUCAAGGCAGGUGCAGGUGAAAUAUUAGGACCUCGUGGUUAGGAAGUGCGCCACGAUGCAAGUAACUUAUUCACAAUAUUAACCUGUAGAAUAACUGACCGAAACCGGUAAACUGAGAAAUUAACAACUGACAUCAGACUGCUCACGUAGACAUUCCAAGAAUGAAAAAUGUAUGUGUCGCUACAAGAAAGUAACCUGUUGAGUAUUCAAAUGAUCCAGCAGGGAGCAGCAGUGUAUUAAAUCCGCUGAGAUUGAGGAGGAUCAAUCCCUUCUGACUGACGUGACGUGACCGCGCCUCCACCGUGAGUUUGUGUCUGUUGUCAAGGAAGCGCGUCACUGGUUACUGACAUGGCGUAACUCUUUCACCUGUAGAGAAUGGCGAUGAAGGGUUAACGUUACCUUAACCUGAUAUAAUUUAACACAAUGACAAGAUAACACGCAUUCGGUUUGGAUAAAUUAAGUAUCAUACCAAAAGGACGUCAUAAAGUCAGAGGUAGUUCCACCGUUGUCAUUCUUCAGUAUUUUCCUUUUGAAACCUUUUGUUCCAGCUAUGUUAUUGCGCGAUAAGAUACAGUUUUGGCUAUAUGGAUGAGAUACUCGUUGUGUGGAGACCUGAUAUUUGGGAUGUCAGUCAUGGAGGACACACUUUAUUACUCCAUCAGAUCAGGUGUAUAUGGAGAAACUGAAGAUGAAAGGGAAGUGCUGUUACAGGAGCAGAGGUACUGUCGGGCUCGGGCUCGAAAGCUUUCUCUGGAAACUAAUCGCAGAAGAAAGGCUCUAGAUGAGAAAAGAAAACAGUGGGAUGUUCAGGAGCAGAGACUAAGGGAGAAUAUUCUACAACAGCGCCAUCAGCAGGUCCAGGAGGCCACAGAGAACUUCCAAAGAGCUCAUCUCCCGCCUUCCCAAAGGAAAAGACCCGCAGCCUUUAAGAGAAGAACACCCAACCUUGACGAAGCACUUCAUCAUAUUCAAGGCAGUCCACUCUUAUAUACUCAUCCAUCUCAAUUUUGGUCUGGUGCCUCCCCUGCUAGCAGGAGCUGCACACCCUCGCCAAAGCCUUCAGGGGGCGCUCGUCACCUGCGUGCCUUAUCAGCAGCAGAGGCCUACACCAAACUCCUGCAGGAGAAGAGCCUGAGUAACUUCCAGAACCACCAGACGUUCUUCCUCAAUGAUCAGAAAGAGAGCCAGACUCUUUUGAGAGAAAAAGAGCAAGAUCCACAGGAGUAUCUUGAUACCCCACGUAGUGAGACAGAGAGUCUGUCUAGUCUGGACAGCUUAGAGAACGAAGACCCUCAGAAGAGCCAUGACACUCCACCCGUUUGUAGCUCACAGCAAAGCACCACCUGUGCCCAGUCUUUCUACAAUCCAUUGGAUAACCCUAAGCUUCAAGAAUCCAACUGUCUUCCAUCACCAUUGAGACCAUCUCACCCUACCUCUUCCAUAGCUAAGAGUUUCCUGGAGGAGAUUUUAAACAAGGAAAGUGAUCUCGCUGUUAACUCACAUUCACUAAGGUAUCAUGAGUCAGCAGAGAAAAGCCGGAAUCUCCAAAAUCUCACGCAACACAGAUUUGACAACUUGAAGGACCAAUCACAGGCUUUCGACGCCCAUGGUUGCCAAAAAGAAUUGACUCAGCAGGACUUAGUGGCUAAUUCAGAACAUAUGACUCACGAUAAUGACAGGAACGCUCAAGGGAACAUUUUGAAAGACAAAGGAACUGCGGUUGCCCACUGCAAAACACAAGCCUUGCCAGAUACCACACCCCUGGAAUUCUCAAGUCUGACUAAAGACUUAAAGUCAGAAUCCCAACAGCAGACAAGAGCCCUCGAGGAGAAGUAUGCUAAACAUUCAUCAGUAAUGCAGACCAGUCUUCCAACGGGCAGAUGCAAACACAGCAACAGUCCAAUUGAAGCCUUUUCAAGCUCAAAUGCCCGUCUUAGCAUAACAUAUCAGACUGACCUGAGUUCCCCAAACUUACAACAAACAGAAGCAGUGAGUUCUUCACAGUUGCAAAAACACAAACCAUAUGCAGAUGAAGCCCCCAGGCUCAAAGCAGAAUCCAAACCACUGUGCAUAGAGGAAGCUAUAGGCAUAGAUCCUAAAAAUGAAACGGAUGUCACCAAAUUGGCAAAAGCCGGAAUGUUGAAGUCUUCCACAGGCACAGAGGAACCUAACAGAACACCUGCAGACCCCGUGACCCAUUGUGCGCCAAACAACGUCAGAUUCUUGAAAGGAAUUCUUAAAAACCAUUUAAAAUCCAAAUCCGCAAACGUCAAAUUCACGUACACCCCUAGCCAUUUGCUUUUCACCAAGGAAGUGGCCAUUUUAAUCCGGGACAGCGUAGAGCUGGCAAGGGCAAAACUCAAUGAGCCUGAGAAAAAACGAAAUAUUAAGAAGAAACUGCGUUGGUUUGAUGAAGUACAUAGAGUUGAGGGGGAGGAACGAGUGUUUGGCGACCCCAACAGACAUGCUAACCUGCCUCAACAAACCCAUAAACAGCUUUCUGCGGAUCACUCGGACCAUGUGAAUUUACUCACAGGGGUAUCAAAGAACAUCUCCAGUAAGACCUCUGCUGUCCCUGCUGGGCCCCAAUCCACUAGACAUGCCUGGGCAGAUGUAGGGCCCCAAGAAAGCCGUGAACAGGAGCAUAUCAAGGAGCCCACCUCUCAAAAAAGAUCCCUCUGCAUUGGGGGCCCAAGGACUCCCCGGAGAGUGCGCUCAGCCAGAGUCUCCUCGUGUCCCGUUACCUCCCGGGCCAGGAAGGGCACUAUCAUCAGGCCCCAAUCUGCCAGAGAAGCACAACAUGUGGCCAAGACCCAAGGGAAAAGUUUGGUACCUCGCCCCCCUCCAAAACCUGAAGUGGCGGAGGUUGACCUAGCUGAGUGUCCCGUGUACAUUUCCAAGGCCGAUGAAGGUGUACAGACAAUGUACAAAGAUGCUCCAGAUCUCCAGAAUGUAGUUUCUCCGCCUGUCCUCAGAACAGAUGGUAUCUGUGCUCCAGCGCCACUUUGCUAUACCUACGGCCACGAGGCGGGCGUCUGUUCUCUCUCCCCUCCAGAUGCCCUUGCAGACAGUGGCAGGCGCAGGUGUGGAGAGAAUGGGAUCUGUUUGGACCGGACUACAACAGAUGAAGAGAUUGCACUUCUUUGGCAUGGAGUUCGAAGUGCUCUCGCCACUAAAGACGGUGACCCUCAAAGUUUUCUGGCUCACAAUGGCCCGUUGUCUCCUUCGCCUCAAGUCUGUGCCAGUCUGUCCCAUGUUACCAUCAAUGGUGAUAGUCUGAUCAAUGGUGUCAAAGGAUCCUCAAGAAUGGGGGGCUUUUUCUUGUCUUCCUCUAAUGUGAGAAGUCCUAUAAGGAGACAGGCUAUGGAGAGUAACAUGGUGAAGAACCGAGUUCCAGUGGAAAACAGCAGAAUCCAAACUACAGGAGCAGCACAGAGAAAACCCAGCAUUUCUUAUCAGGUCACUGUGCCAACUCACCAUCUAAAUAAAAAUGGUCAUGCAGUAGACAGUGAAGGCCCAGAAGUAUCAGACGGUGCUCAUGAAGUUGUGGAUUGUCCUCAAGCCCAUAAGUCCUGCAUUGGUUCGACGGUUCCUCAGAACCAGAGAACACAUUCCCUCAACAUCGGCGCUCUGUCGCUGGAGGAGCAGAAGAUCCUGCAGUCCCUCGAGAGACUCAAUCAGCGCCUGCAAUAUGUGCAAGAUACAGCUGCUGGAAACCCAACAGUGAGGGGCAUCUUUGCUUUGGGUCCUGCAUUCAAGCAGCAAUGUGAGAGUGUGAGUGUCUGCACGCGAAGAAGAGGAGCUUCUGCUGAAAGUCAUUUCCGAACACAACAGCGUUUCUGACUUCACUUCCUAUCAUCCACCACUCCCUCAACAGCACUUUCAAAACCUUAAGACCUCAUGAUUGCUGAAGCGCACUUAAAAACUGUAUGUGAGAGGUACAGAGAGCAUUAUUAGAUUUUAUCAUAUGUGUAAACUGAUUCUGGAAGCACACAUAGUGCUUAAAGGGUCAGUUCACGUUAAAAGUGAAAAUUGCAGUGAAACCUGAAACACAUAUGAAGAUGUUUUUGAUAAAACCUAAUAGUUUUCCAUUCUUUCAUUGAAAGUCAGUAGAAACAAAAACUUUGAAGGUUCUCAAAUGCUAUGUAGUGAAUACAUAUGAAUCAAGGAGGUUUUUUAAGACUUGUUGAAACUAGUGCUGUCAAACGAUUAGUCACGUUUAAUUGCUUCCAAAUGAAAAGUUUACAUUUAUCAUAUUUAUUGUUUACUAUAUAAUUGCACACUCACAGAAACACACACAUAUGUGUGUGUGUGUGUGUGUUUGUAUAUCAACGCAAUCUUACUUCAAUUCGUUACUUUCUGAUUUGGUGGCUAAUUCGUAUAAAUGCGUACAGUUCCAGUCAUAGAGUGUAGUACAAUUUGCUCAUCACCCAAUGGCGGUUGGGUUUAGGGGUGGGGUUGGUUGCCACGCCUCCUUCUUAAAAUCCUAACAUUUGUACGAAUUAACUAACUAACCAAACAUAAAAUAGUUACGUUUUUUUACGUUUUAUC